GGUUGCACCGUGGCCUGAACCAUCCGCUCUCUGAAGGGAGCAGGUUGCUUUUGUUGAUUGAGAUGCACAGGGCACCCCAGCUGACUCUUCCCCGUGGCAGUAAGUACCUGCAGUGCACCUGGGAGAAAGCCUACCAGGAUCACAGGAAAAAGGUCCGGGAUGCCCAGCCGCUCGUGGACACCCGUGCCCCGCUGUGUCUCCGCCACCUCCACCUGAACAUCAAGAAGCUGAAGCUGGAAGAGGAGCGGCUCUCUGUCAUUAACAGGGACAACUAUCUGCUGCUGGAGAAGGUGUCCUGCAUCAUGAGGACCAGGGGACAGACGGACAAUAGAAAUGACUACACACACAGAAGUUUAAACAGAGGGAACAGAGAACAGGAACUUCACAGAGUGCAAAGAAAAAACCAAAUCAUUCUGGGAAGGAUCACAAAUUCAGAGCCAUUGUAUCAAGCUCGAAAAUGGCAAGAAGACUGGGCAAGAACUGAGAAGUACCAGGACACUCUCAUGAAGUAUCACGGGAGACAGCAGACAUGCAAAGGGAAAAGCAGGAACUGAAACUGAACUUCAGCAAGGCCACAUCCAAACCUGGACCCAACAAGUGAAGCAGGAAGGGAGGACUCAGAACAAAAAUUGGAAAAAGAAGACAAGUCUGAGAAGUGAUGAUGGGGAAAUGGCCAGGUUGCCAUGGGCUCCCAAUGCCCAAGCCACUGCUGGUCCCCAGGGGUGCUGGCCAGGUCAUCUCCACUGUUAUCACACUGAGGACAGCUGUAAAUGUGCAUGAGGCAGCACUCUAAAAUGGUGUGUGUUUACACAAUGUACUUGACCGGAUGAUUUAGCAAAAUUAUUUUUGUGCUUCUUAGGCUGAUAGCUGGAAACAAAUUAUGCAUAGUAACAUUGGGAAUUCAAGGAUUUUGAAUUUAAUUUUUUUUCUCUAGCUAAUAAUAUUUAUUCUGUUACCAUAUUUUGUGCUGUUGUGGAUGUGUUUAUAAUUCCCAGAUGGAUUUGUAUAAUUUACCUUAAAAAACCUGUGAUUAUUACCUUAACACAUCUCUAAGUAAAUCAGAUGAAAACUCUUCCAUAUGCUAAAACUACCAGCUAACUCCCGAAUACAUAACCGAAGAUGUACAAGGAAUCAAUGGGUCCUGGUUAGAGUAAUUAAGUGUGGCUAAGAGUGUCUCAGAAACUGCUUACUUUCUGUUAUGCCCAGGUAAGAUCAUGCUUAACCUAUUCCACAAUAAUUAAUAUCUGUCUUAUAGUUAGUGCCUCAAAAACUGAUUAAAAGACUCA